UGCCCUUGCCUCCUUUAGCCUCUCGCGUCCUCGAUCGUGCAAGCCCAGGAAGAGCAGCGCGCAACGAUGCCGGUCAGCCUCGUGACGACGUCGCUGCUGCCUCCGUGCCGGGCCGUCCGCGCCGCGGCGGCGUCGGCCCGCGCCUUGCGUUCGGGCGGGCGCCGACCGCCGCCUUCGUCCGCGGGGCGCGCCGGCGUGCGCUGCCUCGCCGCCACGCCCCCGCCGCCUGAGUUCCCGGGCCAGUCGCCGGCCGAAGUGCCUGGCACGGGCCGCCCGCCGGCUGAGGUUCCCGGCACGGCCCGCCCGCCGCAGGAGUUGCCGAGCAUCGACACGCCGCCGGAGUUCGACGCGCCCCCGGGCGUGGACGUGCCGAUGCCCGGCACGCCGAGGCCCGGGCCCGAGAUGCCUGGCCCGGCGAUGCCGUCGCCGCCGGUGCCGGAGGUCCCGACCGUGCCGCCCAACCCCGACGUCCCGCCGCCACAGCCGCCGGAGGGGGACCCGCCAAGGCCGCCGCCGGAGGUGGACCCGCCCAGCCCGCCGCCCGAGGUCGGCCCGCUGCAGCCGCCUGGCGCCACGACGGUGCCGCCUCCUUUGGUGUAAGCUCGCGCCCGCUGAUGCGCCGCGGCGUGGCAGGUGGGCAGGCCGGCGUGCUGAUGAGCCAGCCUAGCGGCGGCCCGCUGUCCGGAACCGUGCUGUCCCCAACGGGACAGCACCGUGGAGUGUGUACAGAGUACGAGUAGUUCACGGUUUGUACAUGUUUGCUUUCAGUUUGAACAUGGACCUAGCGAAUUC